UAUUUUUAUUUAAUUUUUUUGAUCUAUUUAUUUAUUAUUAUACGCGAAAUAUAAAUUUAAAAAAAAAUGAGUGGAACACGAAAGGGUGAAAAUCGCGCCAAAAAUGGUCAUAUAUUAGUAUGGGAUCAACCUGGCAUACAAGAGCCUGAAUACCUUACGAAAAAGAAAAAAGGGAAUUUGGGCACUCGGCAUUUUGUAACAUUUAUGUUAUUUUUGGGAAUGGCGAAUGCAUACAUCAUGCGAACAAAUAUGUCCGUUGCAAUCGUUGCAAUGGUCAAUCACACAGCGCUUCCAAAACAACACGAAGAAAUAGGCAAUGAAUGUGGUCGCACAAAUGAAACGUCAACAAAUGAUCCAAGCGCUGACGGUGAAUAUGUUUGGGAUACAACACUUCAAGGCUACAUUUUAAGUUCAUUCUUUUAUGGAUAUGUGAUUACACAAAUACCUUUUGGUAUUUUAGCAAAACAAUAUGGUUCUAAACAUUUUCUGGGCUAUGGAAUGUUGAUCAAUUCGGUUUUCUCAUUUUUUGUCCCAUACUCCGCAAAUAUGGGCGUAUUUUGGCUGUGCGUUUGUAGAUUUAUUCAAGGACUCGGCGAAGGUCCAGUUGUACCAUGUACGCAUGCGUUAUUAGCAAAAUGGGUACCACCUGAUGAACGGAGUCGACUGGGUGCAUUCGUAUAUGCAGGUGCUCAGUUUGGAACAAUUAUAUCAAUGCCAUUGUCAGGAUUAUUAUCAAAAUAUGGUUUUGCCGGAGGCUGGCCCUCAAUAUUUUUUGUAUUUGGUAUUGUUGGUGUCAUUUGGUCGUUAGCUUUUAUAUUUUAUGUAUCAGAGGAUCCAGACCAUCACAAAAGUAUCUCACCAGAGGAGAAAAAACAUAUUCAGCUGGCUUUAUGGGGUGACGGUGGUCAAGGAGAGUAUGAAAAAACACCUCCAAUUCCAUGGAGAAAAAUAUUUGGAUCCCUGCCAUUUUGGGCUAUUUUAUUAGCACAUAUUGGUCAAAAUUAUGGUUAUGAAACUUUAAUGACAGAGUUACCAACAUUUAUGAAACAAAUAUUACAUUUUCGAAUUGAAUCGAAUGGAUUCUUGUCUGCACUGCCCUAUUUAGCCAUGUGGAUAUUUUCAAUUGUAUUUAGUAAUAUCGCAGAUUGGAUUGUUGUCAAUAAGCAUGGUACAAUUCGUACAGUUAGAACAAUAAUGAACAGUAUUGGUGAAUUCAGUCCUGCUCUUGCCUUAGUUGCCGCAUCAUAUACUGGAUGUAAUCCAGUGUUAACUGUGGCAUUAUUAACGAUGGGUAUUGGUUUCAAUGGAGGUGUUUACUCUGGUUUUAAAAUUAAUCAUUUAGAUAUAUCACCACGCUUUGCUGGUAUUUUAAUGUCAAUUACGAAUUGUAUGUCAAAUUUAGUUGGUAUUUGUGCGCCAAUUAUUGCCGGUUAUUUAAUAAAAGGCAAACCCACUCAAGCACAAUGGCAAAAAGUAUUCUUCUUAGCAGCGAUUGUAUAUACAGUGUGCGCUAUAUUCUAUGCAUUAUUCUGUUCGGGUACACGACAAGAAUGGGAUAAUCCACCACCAGAUGAUCCACGAUCUGAUGAAGAAAAUCAAGUAAGACAGCAAAAGAAAAAGAACAGCAUAGUACAACAAACAUCUACAUAACACGUUAUCAUCAUCAUCAAUCAUCAUUCCAUAAAUAUUAAUUAUUAUUAAUUAAUUAAUUAAUUAUUAUAUUAUUUGUUUUUAAAUGCAAAAUAAAAAUAUUAUAAAUAAUAUAGCAAAAAGACUACGCGUAGUAACCAAAGGAUUCAAAUACAAAAUAAACGUGUUGCAAUUUAUUAUUAUAUUACGCAACGUCCAUGGAUGCAUUGAACAGAAAAAGAGAAUAAGGAAGGUCGCAGCAUGAUUGUCAUUUUUUAUCUUCUAUAAUGAUCAAAAGUUGCGUAUUUGAAACUAUAGAAAAAUAAUUGUAAAAAAAUUCAAUAAUUUCAUUAUAAAAUGUCAAAUAAUGGUGUGGAUUAUAAAUAGAUAGAGCGUAAAAGACUUUUAGAUUUCAGUAAAAAUUACAAACUUUCAUAUUCAUGGAUUAUACAUUUACUAGCCAUAAUCUGUGAUAGUAUUCUUGUUUUACUUAUCGUACUGAGGAAAAAUCAUAUUUUUUUAUAAUAAAUCAAUAUUCCAGUACAUAUCAACGUUAUACGGCUUUUCAUUUUAAAACCACAAUUCACUUUUGUUUCGGACUAAAUGAUUUAUAAAUAAUGUGAUAAAAUGAAUUUAAAAAAAUCUUCUAUUUUAGCCCAACUUAUUGGAAAUCGGUUGCGCUUAUGAGUUGAUAGAAAGGUCUAUUAUUUAUAAUCGCCAUCCUGGAUCUCAAUAGAAAAAUCGGUUGAUAUGAUGGACCUUCCUAUAUUUUUCUCUGUUCAGUACAUCUAAAGACCUUGUAUCUUGUAUCUUAAAUAUUAUUAUAAUUAUUUAAAAAAAUGAAAAAAUAAUUG